AUGACCGACGUGACCAUCCCUGAAGAUUACUUGCCCAUCGUCGACGGCCUCCUCUGGAAGAAGAUCCUCAAGGAGGGAUCGGGCGAUUCGCCCACCAUCAAGUCUAACGUCAACGUCCACUACGUUGGUACCCUCUUCACCAACGGCGACAAGUUCGAUUCCUCCCGCGACCGCAACUCUCCCUUCAACUUCAAGCUCGGCGUCGGCCAGGUCAUCAAGGGAUGGGACGAGGGUGUUGCCACCAUGAAGAUUGGAGAGUUGGCCGAGCUGGUCUGUGCUCCUGAAUACGCAUACGGCGCUCAGGGAAGCCCACCCAAGAUCCCCGGAAACUCUACUCUCAAGUUCGAGGUCGAGUUGCUCGGCUUCCAGGAGUCCGCUGACAACCCAUCGGCCAAGUUGACAUUGGCCAAGAAGAAGAAAGAUCAGGGAAACGCAUCGUUCAAGGCUGGCGAGAACGGACCUGCCGCACAGGCAUACAAGGAUGGUGCUGAUCUGUUGAAGGAUUUGGCGGGCGCUACCCCCGAGCAGCUCCAGGAGGCUGGACCCUUGCACCUGGCCCUGUUGUCAAACUUGGCUGCCGCUUACUUGAAGCUCAACGAGAACGGAAAGGCCGCCGAGGCCUGCCUCCAGGCGUUGGAGAUUCAGGAUGACCAUGUGAAGGUGACAUACCGUCUUGCACAGGCAUACUUGGGACUGAGCGAGUUUGAGGACGCAAAGAAGAUUGCUCAGCGCGGACUUGAGAUUGCGCCUGGCGAUGCUACUUUUACUAGCUUGUUGAAUGUGAUUGCAUCGAAGCAGACUGCGUUCAAGAAGAAGGAGAAGGCUGCUUACAGCAAGAUGUUCAGUUAG